AUGGAGGCAGAAAUUGGAGUGAUGCAUCGUGAAGAAAAUAUUUGGAAGCUCUGUGAAUACAUCAAGAACCACGACCAGUAUCCCUUAGAGGAAUGCUACGCUGUCUUCAUAUCUAAUGAGAGGAAGAUGAUUCCUAUCUGGAAACAGCAGGCAAGACCUGGAGAUGGGCCUGUGAUCUGGGAUUACCAUGUUGUCUUGCUUCACGUUUCAAGUGGAGGACAGAGCUUCAUUUAUGAUCUCGACACUGUCCUGCCAUUUCCCUGCCUCUUCGACGCUUAUGUGGAAGAUGCCUUUAAGUCCGAUGAGGACAUCCAUCCCCAGUUUAGAAGGAAAUUUAGAGUUAUCCGCGCAGAUUCUUACUUGAAGAACUUCGCUUCUGAUCGAUCUCACAUGAAAGAUUCCAGUGGGAACUGGAGAGAACCUCCUCCGUCAUAUCCCUGCAUUCAAACUGGAGAUUCCAAAAUGAACCUGAAUGAUUUUAUCAGUAUGGAUCCCAAGGUAGGGUGGGGAGCUGUUUACUCGCUGUCUGAAUUUGUACAUCGUUUUGGCAGUCAGAACUACUGAACUUGACAUCCGGAUGUAGAACAUGGAGCAGUGCUGGGACACGGGCAGUAAACUUCCUGGUACAUUUGGUUUGCAACUGUGUUUUCUUCUUUUAAUUCAUUUCACUUGAAACAUGAAUGAACAAAAACAGAAAACCUUUUUUUUUUCAUCUGUCAGGUUGAAAUUUGAUGUAGUGUAUAUAUUUGCCAAGAUAGUCCUAAUGGCUCAUUUGUUAAAACAUGUGAUGACUUAUGCCAGUAAUUGCUUUCGCUGUGAUAGAGGGGUAGGCUUUGUGUCUGUUCUGGAUGUUAAGUUCUUCCCCAGCUACACUGUAAGCUCCUGGCGGGCAGGGCUGUGUGGCUCAUUGCACAGCGGAUCUCUAAUACCCAUGAAAGGUGGCCAGAUGAUGUUUGUGAUUGUGUGGCUGCUUGAAGAGGGCUGAUACUGUGAGCUGAAUCAGCAGUAAGUAUUAGUCUUUUUGGACUAUUAAGUUCUUUAAAAAGAUUAUAGCUCUCUCAGGUUUGAAUGUACUUUGGCCUAUUUGUAUGUGUUUUUUUAAAAAAAAAUAAAAUUGAUUUAAAAUCAAUUUUGAUUUUAAAGAUUUUGUGUCGUUUUUGAAGACUUGAGAGAUGCCCAAGAAUAUUCUUAUUUGUAGAUGGAACUGUGGCUUUAAAAUACAUUUAUCAAUCUUCCUUCUUGAAGAUGUGUUGGAAAUUUGGCUUUCAUCAUAUAAUUCCAAAUAAAAGAUGUUUGGUGUUAA